AUGAGUUUCUUCCGAAAAUUCUAUGAUACAUUCAACGGUAAAGAUAAUAAGUUAUCUGAACCGGUUAAAUUAAUUGGUCAUAUUUUUGAUGAACACAGUGAGGGUAUAUUAUUCUAUGAUUUUGUCUUAACACGGUUCGAAAACUUUGAUCAAAUCAAUCAAGACCAAGAAAAUAAAACAUUUUCAAAUGAUUUUGAUUUUAUUGUUCAAUGUGUUAUGACUAGUUUAACAACGGCCGAAUUAUCGAAAAAAUUCUCAGCUCGGAUUGAUGCAUACCUAUAUAUGUUUCGUCGAAUCGUCGAGUAUUUGGUAAUUAUAAAAAGAGUAACAACUUGGACACGCAGCUAUGAAGCAAAUGUUAAAGCUUUGAAAGAAAAAAUAUACGAAUUAUUAUCGAAAGUUUUCAUUGACAAUAAAGGUUUACAACCAAAUCUUUCAAUGACAGACAAAGAUCAAUUAAGAAAAAUGGAUGUUUUGCAACAUUUAGAGGCAAUAACGAAAAUCGAUGCACAAACAUUACCUUUAUUUUUUGCGUUCAUUAAAUUAUCAUUUCAAGCAUCUCUUGCACUCGGCGAGAAUCUACAAUGGAAACGAAUCAUAUCCAAUGUACAAGAUUAUGGAAUUCCUUUGCAAGAGUUUGUGUCGAAGUAUAUUGACUCUGAAUUAGCAUUUCGACAAUUUCCACUUGAUCUACCUGGAUUUAUUGAACUUAUUAACAAAAAGUCUAUACCAAAAAAUUCAUCUGAUUCACCAUUCAAUAUUUUCAUACGUCUCUGUAGAUCAUUAAAUUUGAAGGCAGAUGAGUUUUUUGGACAAUUUCGACCCGUGUUUGAAAAUGGUUUAAGACAAAAGUCUUUUACAUUUCCGCAUAUUAGUAGUUUCCUGUGUAUGCUUGGUGGUCAAGAAAUAUUUUUUGAUCAAUACUUGUCGAGUUAUGCAGCGAAUGUCGAUCUCGACGAUUUAUGGACAAUGUUUCUUCGAAUUGUGACAGAACGUGAAAUAAAUGAUAUUAUUCAAAAGCAUCUCGCAUCCAAACUCAUGAACCGUACGAUGAAUACAUCUAUCUCUAACUUUAAACGUUACACAAAACUGGUAAUAGAAUGUAAAUCAAAGGUCAAAGAGGAGUAUCGUUCACGCUUUCUGGAUAUAUAUGGGAAAGUAUUUCAUGGCUUUAUAAACAAACAACUCACUGAUGAACAAUAUUCGUAUAAAUAUUCUAAUCAAGAUCUUGUACACUUUUUAUCUGUUGGUCUUGAAUUAUCAACAACACAUGAUUUACAACAGCCAUCUUGCUUACUCAUUCUUCAUCGUUUAUUAUUCCAAAUGUACACUCAAGUAUCGAGUAGAGUUGACAAGAUUCAAAGACUGUUUCAAAACCUAAGUGAUUUCGAUCAAGAUCUCUGUGAGAAAAAUGAUCCGAUAUCCAUCAUUAAGGACGAAUGGUUAGAAGAAUUUCUGCUGCGCAUUCCUGACGAUUUAUUACUUAAUAUAAAAUCGUAUACUUAUACAUCUUUAUGUGAUAGUCAUCAUAACAAUCGCUGGACAAUUUACGUGUGGAAAAGGAUAAUACAUUUAAGUAUUCUUCGAUCAAAACAGGACAACGCAAAUGAUGUGCUGUAUAAAUUAAACGAGUGGCUGAAAGUAGUUCAGCAUAAUGUUUAUAACAAAUCGGAUACAUUAACAAUCCUUUUAGUUAUUAAUUUAUUCGAAAUGCUUAUUGUUAAAUACACCAAAUCAGUUUUAUCUCUUCCAAACAUUGAAGUCAUACUCAGUUUCGUUGAAAAUAUUCGACAAGAAGAAAUGUAUGAAAUCGAUACAAAACAGUUGGAUGAGUUUAUGACAAGUGGACAGAAAUCAAUCGAAAAUCUUUUACUUUUAAAAGGAUCAUGUUCAACGUAUCGUGAUUUAAACAAUUCGACAAUUGCUUACUUUUUCCUCCCUAAAAUAGAUAUUCAACAAAUAUUAACUGAUUUUAAUCCACAGCAAUACAAAUUUCCUUCGUUGCCACGAAAAACUGAACUAUUUAUUUCAUUUAUCCCCAAAGACAUCAUCAUUACAUUAACUGAAUCGAAAGAAGAGUAUUUUAAAAGAUUUCUUGAACAAGUGAAUGAAUGGUUACAAUGGUUUGAUAGAUUUCUUACAAUUUCCUUAUAUAUUAUUGAGUGGCUUAAGAAUUUGAAUGUCGAUGGAGCUGCUCAAUUACUUCGAGAUAUUCAUAAUAGCAAAGAUAAUACCUUGACAACCGUUAUCCAAAUGAAAACAAUCGUUGAACGAAUUUUAAAACUUUUUCAACCAUUUAACGAUCUUCAACGACUUUGUCAUUUAUUUAAUUGUUUAACUUCAUUUCAAAUGAUUGAUGCCGGUGAAUUAAAUACUCGCGACGAUNGUGAAAUUUUUGGUACUAAAAUUAUUAUAUCAUUUGAUGAAACAAUAAUUCCUGAAACAUUUUUUGCUCAUUUUAUUACGACAAUUCAUGAUGAUGAUCAUAUUCGUACAACAAUUCUACAAAAACUUCCAUAUGCUGGAAAUGAAGUCACUUUAUAUCGUCCAACACCAUUUCAUAUUCUUUUUGUUGAAUUUUCUCAAAAUUAUUAUCUUACUGUACUUCAAGAAAACUAUUUACCUUUAAGAUCAAUUUAUACUAAAGUUCUUUCUUCGAAUCAUUGUCCAUCAAUUCAUAUGUUAUUCAAUCAAACAAUUUUAAAUUAUCAUCGACUUCAACGUAUUAAAUAUUAUCAUGUUCCAUGUCAAAUGAAUAUAAGAUUAAAAUGUUUUUAUGAUGAAGCAUAUAUGUGUUUAUGUAAUCUUGAUCAUUAUGCUAUUUGUUUUGAUUUUAUUCAUAAUAUGACAUAUAAUUGUCAAGGUACAAAUUAUUGUAAAAAUAGUGGAAAAUGUUUUCAAGAUCAUCCAACUUGUCCAACAUCAUCUACAUGUAGUUGUGAUGAAUGUUUUUUUGGAAGUUAUUGUCAAAUAAGUACGAAAGGAUUUGAUAUUUCUUUAGAUUCCAUACUUACUUAUCAUAUUCAUUCACAUUUAACUAUUUUUCAUCAACCUUUUCCAUUCAAAAUUGCUUUUAUUAUGACAAUAAUUUUGUUUUUAUUAGGAAUUAUUAGUGCUUGUUUAUCUCUAAUUGUAUUUCGACCUAAGAAUUUUCAAAGUGGUUGUGCGAUUUAUCUUUUUGCUUCUUCAAUCAAUUCUCUUCUUACAAUGAUUGUAUUUCUAUUAAAAUUCAUCUUAUUAAUAUUAGUACAAAUGAAUUUGAUUACUAAUCGUUCUAUUCUCUUGAUUAAUUGUAUAUCCAGUCAUUUUCUGAUUAAAUUUUUACCAAAUAUUAGUGAUUGGCUCAAUGCUUGCGUAGCCAUAGAAAGAAUAUUUAUAAUCUGGCAAGAAGUUAAAUUCAAUAAAAUCCAAAGUAUAUCGAUUGCUAAAAGAAUGAUAUUUUUUAUUUAUAUUAUUGUUAUUCCUACAGCGAUACAUGAUCCAAUUUAUCGUCAAUUAAUAGAAGAUGAAACAGAAGAACGUAUUUUAUGCAUUGUAGAAUAUUCAUCAAAUGUAAAAAUCUUUAAUUUAAUCAUAAAUAUUAUUCAUUUAUUUAUUCCAUUUAUUGCAAAUUUGGUCUCUGCUAUCUCGAUAGUUACUAUGAUAGCUCGGCGUCGAUCUAAUAUACGAACAAGUCAAACUUAUAGUCAAUUCUUAUGCCAAGAAGUCAAUGAACAUAAACAUCUAAUUGUUAGUUCUUGUGUUUUAGUUAUUUGCGUAUUACCUCGUAUUAUCAUGUCAUUAACAAUUAGAUGUAUGAAAUCUGCUCGUGAUCCAUGGUUAUAUUUGAUUGGUUAUUUUUUUCCAUUUAUUCCAUCGAUUUCAAUAUUUCUCGUCUUUGUAUUACCAUCAAAAACAUAUACUAAACUAUUCAAACAAUUCUUUCAUUGA